GGAAAAUAAAAGCAACGCACGAGCCCGCCGGGCCGGGGCUGUGGGGCUGGGCUCGAGUGGAGGUGACUGCCAGGUAGUUUCUCUUUCUCCGCCCUCCCCCGCCACCCUCUCUAGUGGCCGGGGUCGGCAGGCGCCUGUCCUGAGCCUCCAUGCUGGCAUGGCAGAAGAGGAGCCUGAUGCCAAGAGCCCCAAGCGGGGGGCACGGGCCCCGCCUGGAGGAGCUGAGGCUGGGGAGCCCACCACUCUUCUGCAAAGGCUCCGAGGUACCAUUUCCAAGGCCGUGCAAAACAAAGUAGAAGGAAUCCUGCAAGAUGUACAGAAAUUUUCAGACAACGACAAGCUCUAUCUCUACCUUCAGCUUCCCUCGGGGCCCAGCACUGGAGACAAAAGCUCUGAGCCCAGCGCCCUCAGCAACGAGGAGUACAUGUAUGCCUGCAGGUGGAUCCGCAACCACCUGGAAGAGCACGCGGACACCUGCCUGCCCAAACAAAGUGUCUAUGAUGCCUAUCGGAAGUACUGCGAGAGCCUCGCCUGCUGCCGCCCGCUCAGCACGGCCAACUUUGGCAAGAUCAUCAGAGAGAUCUUCCCAGACAUCAAGGCCCGACGGCUGGGUGGCCGGGGCCAAUCCAAAUACUGCUACAGCGGCAUUCGGAGAAAGACCUUGGUGUCCAUGCCACCCCUGCCUGGGCUUGACCUGAAGGGCUCUGAGAGCCCGGAAAUGGGCCCAGAAGUCACCCCUGCACCCCGAGAUGAGCUGGUGGAGGCAGCCUGUGCCCUGACCUGCGACUGGGCAGAACGAAUCCUGAAACGAUCCUUCAGUUCCAUCGUUGAGGUCGCCCGUUUCCUGCUGCAGCAGCACCUCAUCUCUGCCCGGUCUACGCAUGCGCAUGUGCUCAAGGCCAUGGGGCUUGCUGAUGAGGAUGAGCAUCUGCCUCGGGAACGGUCUUCUAAGUCCAAGAAUGGUGUGGAGCACGUGGAGAGUGGAGCACACAAGAAGCCAGAGAGGCCGGCCCAGCCUCCUAAGGAGCUGGAAGCCCGGGCCGGGGCUGCAGGCCGGGGCAGCGGCAGUGGCAGCAGUGGUGGCAGCAGCGAGCGGAAGAAGAACGUAGUUGAGAGCUCGGCCCCAGCAGCCAGUAACCCCCAGGUUAACGCCCUUGUGGCCCGGCUGCCUUUGCUCCUCCCUCGGGCCCCUCAAUCACUCAUCUCGCCCAUCCAAGUCGCUUCUCCCAUCCUGGCCCCCAAGCUUCCUUCAGGCACCCUGAAAGUGGCUACCCUACCCUUGCCCACUAGGCCUGGGAGACCCCAGGCAGCUGUGCCCAUCAUUAACAUGAUCUUACCCCCUGUUCCUGCUCUGCCCACUCCCAGGCCUGGGCAGGUGCCACCCACAGGACUCCCUCCGCAGAGAAGUAGAGAGGUAGGCAUAGGUGGUGACCCAGGAGCCCAUGACAAGGGUGGCAAGAGGACAGCCGAAGUCCCCUUGAGCGAGGCGAGUGGGCAGGACCCACCUGCUAAAGCAGCAAAGCAGGAUCUAGAGGAGACAGCAAGCGACGUCAAAAGGAAACGGGGGCGCCCACGGAAGAAGUCAGGGGGCAGCAGGGAAAGGAAUCCCACCCCUGACAAGUCAGCAGUUGCUUUGGUGGACGCUGACCAGCCGUCUGUGCUGUCCUGGGAAACGUGGGGCUCCAGGAGGGAAACCAGCUCUGCCGGAGGAUCAGGGGCAGUGGCAGCAAAGUCAGGGCCCAGGGGAGAGGCCGAGAAGGGGGCAGCACUCACGCCAGGUCAGGAAGACGCCACUGCCUCCAGAGGAGGAAGGGGCCCCAGUUCUCGGCAUGCCAAAGGAGAAGAGAAAACUUCCCACGUCACCCCAAAAGUCAGCGUCAUCAAGGGCAGCCGGAGCCACAAGGAGGCCCUUCAGCUGGCCAGGGGAGAAGCAGAUCCUGCACCCCAGGGUCAGAAAGACUUCAAGGGGCACAUGCUCCAGAGCACUUUAGCCCACGAGCGGAAGGACCCCAAAGCAGCGCCCCCAUGAUAGAUGUGUGUGGGGAAGAAGCCCUUUCAUUCUUGCGUGAACUCUGCCCGUCUGCCUAGUAGAGGCUCUUCUCUGCACUUGCUUUUCUCGUGGCUCUUCUUUCCAGAAGGGAAGUCCACUCUCCUCUCAUAGACACAGCGGGGUCACCCCCAUCUCACACACUGCCUGGGUCCUGCCUCU